AUGGGCCAAGCCAUGUCCGCAGUUUUACCACCAGCCAAUUUUCUAACAUUACAUCAUGCCUACUUCAUUGUGACAUGUCUGGUCAGCAGUAUCAUUUUCUACCUGAUUUCGACACCAUGGAAGAGCGUUGCUUAUGUCGAUGCUAUCUUCUUGUGCGUGAGCGCGAUGACUGGCGCGGGAUUGAACACGGUGGACUUGUCAACUCUCAACACUUGUCAACAGGUGAUUCUGUUCAUUUUGCUGAUCCUGGGUUCCGUCAUCUUCGUCUCAGUCGCCGUGUUGAUGGUCCGCAAGCGAGCAUUUGAAAUAAAACUUCAAGUCGUCUCAAAUGAGCGCGAAGCCUCACGUCGAGCAUCCGCUCUGGAAUCACAGGAAGAACCAUGUGCCGAGGCAUCCGGCCACGAGCAGGGGGCUAAAUGCCAACCCCGGCCACUGACUGUCACUGUCCACGAAGCCCGUGGGGCGAGUUCCAGUCACGACCAGCCUGCAUGGGAUGAUGACGAUCAGAUCACAAUCGCGGAUACACUCGCUCGUCAGCAUCACCACCACCGCGUCUUCCCCAUGAUGGGCGUUGGCGCUAGGCCUGAUUUGAAUAACCACCCCCGUGACGUGGCACCAGUGCCUCUGUACCCAGUCGAAUCGCCCAAGUCAAAAGCAGAAAAUGUGAUUCGAGGCACCCAGAAGUAUUUCUGGUCCAAGGCAUUGGUGUCACGCAACUCACAAUUCCACGGGCUGACAUCAGCGGAACGGGAGAAACUUGGCGGCGUCGAGUACAGGGCCGUUUCUUUCCUGUCGGUCAUCGUCUCGCUGUACCUAAUUGGAUUCCUUGGUUUAGGAAUAGUCGGCAUGGGCACCUGGCUGCAGGUAAACCACCCGGAGAAGGCAACCGAGAAUGGCCUCUCACCAUUCUGGACAGGUGCUUUCUUUGCCGUGUCAGCGUUUGUGAACAGCGGUAUGGCCCUUUUGGAUGCGAACAUGACCGCCUUUCAAUUGAAUGCAUACCCGCUUCUGACCAUGGCAAUGCUAAUUCUUGGCGGAAAUACCCUCUUCCCCUGCUUUUUGCGGUUCAUAAUAUGGUCUAUGAGGCUUGUCCUACCGGAUCGCCCGGCGUGGAGAUCGUGGCGGAUGACUUUGGAUUUUAUUUUGGAUCACCCGCGAAGAGUAUACACCAAUCUUUUCCCAGCUCGCCAUACUUGGUAUUUGCUAGGAACAAUCAUUGUUCUCAACGCUAUAGAUUGGGCUGGUUUUGAGAUCUUGUCGAUUGGGAACAAGGAAAUCGAGUAUCUUCCAUCCAAGUAUCGAGUUCUGGAUGGUCUUUUCCAGGCUGUUGCGGUCCGUUCGGGAGGAUUCUACGUGGUGACCAUUUCGGACCUGCGACAGGGUCUGCUUGUUCUAUAUGUUCUCAUGAUGUAUGUCUCCGCAUUUCCAGUGCUGGUGACCAUGCGCAACACGAACGUCUAUGAAGAACGCUCCCUCGGAAUUUACGCCAAUGACGACUCCCCUGAAUCUCCCGCAAACACUAGCCGCAGCAAUGUCCUUGUCGACUUAGUCCGGCACCACCUAGGGCGACCCAGCGGCUCAGAGACCUCGCGCGGCUACUUCGUACACCAACAACUCCGCUCUCAACUAAGCCAUGACCUAUGGUGGAUUGCUUUAGCCGUUGUUUUCAUCGCCAUCGCGGAGUCAGACCACUUUAAUACCCAGCCUGUCGCGUUUGCGACCUUCAAUAUCAUCUUCGAAGUUGUUUCCGCAUACGGCUGUGUCGGAGUUAGCGUGGGCUACCCUGGGAAGAACUAUUCCUUCUGUGGCGCGUGGCAUCCUAUCAGCAAGCUUAUUCUUGCUGCUGUUGCCUUGAGGGGUAGACACCGAGGGUUACCGGUUGCGAUUGACAAAGCGAUUAUGCUACCUACAGAGUCGCUGGCGUGGGCAGAGGAAGAGGAUGCUGCAUUGAGGAGAGAGAAGACGAAGAAUUGGGGCCAGGAUCGGAUGCCUGUUGGAGCGGUUUAG